CGCUGAUCCCGUUAAGACGCAAAGUUUGCUUUCGUAAAGUGUACUCCAUUAGUACAUCAAGAACAUCAGCUGGUACUGCUAGCGGCAGCGCUCUGUUGGAAGAGGUCUGAAAAUCAAAUUAAAGAUCAUCAUCAAAAUGGCUGCACAUCGCAACAAUAACGACCUGGACCUUAUUACAAUGAACGCAGAUGGACCACAUAUUGCUGGCAAUGCAAGCAAAAGAAAAAAUGCCAUCCUAAAUCUAGUCACAAGAAGAAAGCCUCAUCUGAUUUUCUUCCAAGAAUACAAACUUGCCAUGAAUUUAUGGAAAAGGGAUGAAAUUAAAAGGAAGUAUACAUAUAUUGGAUCUAACGGAAACAGUGCAAGCAUAUUGUACGACAAGAAUAAAUUAACAUGCACUUCAAGUUUUUAUACUCAAAAACAAACAGAAGGUCAAGGAGUAAUACAAUGGUAUCCCACUAUCAACCAUGAAGAUGUUGACCUCAUUAAUUUUAUUAACAGUUCCCUUGACAUUAAUGAACAUCGGCUUUGUAUGUCAAAAAUGACGAGGAAAGAUGUUGAACCUGUGCAACAUUUUAUCUGUAUAUCAUGGCAUGGUCCACAUAGAGUAACAGAUCCAAACAAAGUAAUAGUGUUGAACAAGUUACUUCAAACCGCGAACGGCAUAUUUACAGAAUUCAAUAUUCCAGUAAUUAUUGGCGGUGAUUUCAAUAUAAGUAAUGAGGAAGUAGAUCAAUAAAGAUGCAGCCUAGAUAUAUUCCCAUCCAACAAGGAAGAUAUCAUUUUUUUUGUUGUGACAAGGAACAACAUUUUUAAUGUUAAAGCACAACC